CUUCUGCCUCCAUCCAACCUGGACUACUCGUUUAUCCAAAUUUGCACCCUGAACUGGACAUGGAACCCCCCAGAGAACGUCAGCAGUAGCUGCGACCUGGAGUAUUCCAGCGACAUCGUGAUCGAUGAGGUCCCUCAGGACAAAAGAGAAUGGAGUAAGAGUCGCUUCCGUGUGACGGAUACGUUCUUGAAUGAGGAAAUGCGUUUCAAAGUGAGAAGUGAAUGCAAGUACGAUAACACCAGCAAGCCCAGCCAGUGGGUGGAGACCUCUCUUCUGCCGAAAGGUAUUCCAGGAACUGCUGCUGUUGACUUGAGCUGUGUUUGGCACAAUUUGGAGUACAUGGUUUGUAUGUGGCGUCCUGGGGAGAACGCAAGCAGUGAUACCAAUUAUACGUUGUUCUACUGGUUUGAUGGUUUGAAAAACCAUGAGAAGUGCAACAACUAUUCUGUGCACCAAGGAAUCUUUAGUUGCAUUUUCAAUCUUAGCUUCCCAGAAGUCACCAAUACUUACCCAGCUAUAAGUAUUUUGAUUAGAGAUGAUUCUGAAGAAAUUAGGCCUAUGUGUGCAAGCAAAAAUCCUACCACGAUUGUAAAACCUGCUACACCAAGACAAGUUACACUGUCAAAGCUUAAUGAUGAAAUAUAUGUAGAAUGGAGUGAAUCAGAUACCUUUCCAGAAAACUGUUUAUUUUAUGAAGUUGUAUAUCACAAUGGUGACUUGGCCACUGCUCAGAUAAUUAAAGUUGGAAAAAAUUACACAUCAAUUCCUAGCGUUGAUCCUAAUAGAAAAUACAUCUUCAAAGUGAGAGCAAAACUGAAGCCCGAGUGUUACAGCAGCAAGCUCUGUAGUGACUGGAGUGAAGAAAAGAGUAUUGGUGAGAAGGCGGACUCUACGUUCUGUUUUGUUUUGAUAAUCACCAUUCCAUUAAUAGUAGCGGUUUCUACAAUAAUUCUACUAGUUUAUCUAAAAAGGCUGAAGAUAUUAAUUCUUCCGCCAAUUCCGGACCCUAGAGAAAUUCUUAAGCGCAUGUUUGGAGAGCAAAACGAGGAUUCCCAGAGCUGUGCAAAGGAUGAUUCUGCGAAUGCUUACGACAGGCUAAUUAAGGAAGAAGAAAUUCAUUCUUUAAUUUUAACAGAAACUCCAGAAUGUGCCAAUUCUGACAGAGAAAACUGA